UUGCUAUGUUCCUCCAACACGUAGCACUAUAAAUAGUAACCCCCAACACACUCAAAAUACUCAACUGCUCUCCAAAACAGAAACAGAACCAAAACUAAUAGUUACACGGAGAGAGAAAGAAAUAAAGAAUGAUUGAGACGGUUAAGCACCUGAUUGGCUCCGGUGGCCGAAGCGGAUUCGGAUCAAGAUCCACAGCCGAACAUGUCACUGCUAAAUCUGACCUACGAUCUCUUACCGCCAUCAUCACUGGAGCGACGUCGGGUAUAGGAGCGGAGACGGCGCGAGUUCUGGCAAAGCGUGGAGCGAGGCUUGUGAUUCCGGCUAGGAGUCUCAAAACCGCCGAGGAAACAAAGUCACGUAUCCUCUCCGAGUUUCCUGAUGCGGAGAUCAUCGUCAUGCAUCUCGAUCUCAGCUCCCUCGCCUCCGUCCGUAGAUUCGUAGACGAUUUCGAAUCUCUUCAUCUCCCUCUCAACAUCCUCAUCAACAAUGCCGGAAAAUACGCGCACAAGCACGCCAUCUCUGAGGACGGCGUUGAGAUGACCUUCGCCACUAAUUAUCUCGGCCAUUUUCUGCUCACUAAACUGCUGUUAAAGAAUCUGAUCGAAACGGCGGCGCUAACUGGCGUUCAAGGCCGCAUCGUCAACGUUACAUCGGUGGUCUACAGCUGGUUCUCCGGCGAUAUGUUGCAAUAUCUCGCCGAUAUCUCCCGAAACAAUAGAAGCUACGACGCGACCCGAGCGUACGCGCUCUCCAAGCUCGCCAAUGUUCUCCACACCAUAGAACUCUCCCGGAUUCUACAUAAAAUGGAUGCUAAUGUAACGGCCAACUGUGUUCAUCCUGGAAUCGUGAGAACACGCCUCACACGAGACCGAGAAGGUCUCAUCACUGAUUUAGUCUUUUUCUUGACCUCCAAGCUAUUGAAGUCCGUUCCUCAGGCAGCAGCAACUACUUGCUACGUGGCAACUAGCCCCAGAUUGAGGAACGUGUGCGGCAAGUACUUCUCGGACUGCAACGAAGCUCGGACAUCUAAACUGGGAUCGUGCAGUGUUAAAGCUCAGAGACUAUGGACUGCUUCUGAGUUGCUGGUUUCUCCAGCUUCCUGUACUCCCCAACUUUACCAAACCUGUAAAUACUCUUUAACCAACGAUGUUAUAUGUAAAUCCCAAGCCCUGUAAUAACAUCUAUAUAUAUGUAGCUUUACUAUAGAUAUAAUAUAGGUAUACAUAGACUAUUAGCUAGAUGAAUAGGCGGAUGUUCGUUUGUGUAUAAGCCGGAGUCUGUAAUAUUACUUAUAUGUGUUGUGGUUUCAUGUAAAUAUAAUAGUAGGGUUUUGUAAAAUCUAGAUGUGUCAUUGUUAUGUGAUUCCUAUCUAUCUAGAUAAAUACCCAUCUUUGAGUUCUUCUACUC